UCGGAUAAAUGAACAAAUAACCGCUGCAGAUACUAUCAACAUCAGCACCCGGUCUGGCAAAACAGAUGAAGAGGUGACUGAAGACCUUUUUCUGCCUAGUAUGGUUGACAAGGAAAGCUUUGAAAACAUGAGGACAAGCUCACAUGGCUGGAGGCAAAGGAUAAGUGUGAGCAGUGAUGAAGAUGCAGAUGAACUUCUGGAAGCAUUUUUCAAGAAGAACCGAUCUCAAAUGCAGCAGGUAGCAGACGAAGACAAUGAUGCAGAUGAUGAUAUGGACAAUUUUAUUGUAAAUGACUCGGAUUUGUCUGAAUCUGAAGAAGAGUUCCAUGGUCACCUCACACACAAGCUGGAGUUUGCUGACCGAGUGCCUGGGAAAUCUGCUCUAGUGAGCAAGGAAAACUUAGGUGAUUGUUCUUACAGCGAUGUUUUCAAAUCCAGCGACAGUGAGGAUGAUAGCGGCCAAGAGUAUGCUGAUAAAGAUACAGAAACCAGCAGUGACGAAUGCAGUGAUACGUUCUCAACCCCUUUGCAUGUCAAAAAGUCAUGGAGCAAAACUUCAUCUGAUGAAGGUUCAUCUCAGUGGUUCACUCCUUCUACAUCAAUCAAAUCAAAAAGCAAAGAUUUCUCCAAUACCAAUGCAGGAGUUGAAUCCACAGUUGUCAGUAUUUCAGCUGCACAAAAUGCUGCUAAUAGUCGGAUUGGUGCCACAAGUGCUGGUAUUGUCAGACACCUUACUUUCCUACAAUCUUUGAAUGCAGAAACUCCUGAUUCCUUAUGCCAUCCUGAAGCAAGAAGUUUUAUGUCCCAGUUUAGAAAGCGGAGAGAGGAACUUUCCUCCAAGCUUUUCAAACUCUUCAAUUCUACAGUCUUUGAAAAUAAGCUGCCUGAGAAUAUGCAGAUUAUAUGGAACAAGCGGCUGCUGAAGACAGCAGGGCGCUGCAAGCAGAAACGUGUUGGUGGCCAGCAUUAUGCCUGCAUUGAGCUCUCACUUAAAGUGUGUGACACAGCAGAGCGAGUUCGAGACACACUGAUACAUGAGAUGUGUCAUGCUGCUGUGUGGUUGGUGCAUGAGAAAAACGAAGGCCAUGGACCACUAUGGCGAUACUGGGCAAGCAGAGCAAGGAAAAGCCAUCCAGAAAUACCCCUAAUUGGUCGUUGCCAUGAUUACAAGAUUAGCACCAAGUUUAUCUACAAAUGCGACAAAUGUGGUCAACAGAUCGGCCGCCAUUCAAAAUCAUUGGAUACCAAAAGGACCAUCUGCGGACGAUGUGGUGGUCACUUUCAGGUCUUUCUGGCAUCAAUGCCUAAAGGUGUUACCAAUCCUGGUCAAACUCCACGCACCCCAGGCCGUUUUGCAUUAUUUGUCAAAGAACACUAUGGGAUCAUAAAAAAACAGAAAAAAGGCAUAUCUCACAAAGAGAUAAUGAACAUCCUAAGCAAAGACUUUUCUGAGAAAAAUAAAAUCUGAAUUUUUCUGUUUUAUUGACAAAUUGCUAUGCAUCAAAUAUCGUCUGCAUCAUGGGAUUAAAGUUUAAGACGUUAAUCAUAAAUAAGAAUUUGAUUUAAAAAUCUUGGAAACUUAAAAAAACACUGUUUGAUUAUACUUUGUACUGGUGUUUGUUGAUAGUCAAUUCAUUUUUUCUCUCUAUGUGUAAAUGUAUUGCUUUGUUAUAUUUUCUUAACCAGAAUUUGUUUUGUGGUUAGUACAUUAAAAAUUCUUACCUGACUUUGUGUAAAAGAAACUUGUGAGAUUGAAACACUUGUGUGUAACAUGAAAAACUGACGCGGAAAAUAUGGUGUGAAUAUGUAUAAAUAUGAGCCUUCAGAGUCAGUUCACAUUAAUACAGUACCAGUAAAUUCCUAUGUUAAAAGUAUUUUAGCUCUGCUACGCGUUAACCAUGAGCCGAAGGAACACUAGUUG